ACCAGAUAUACUAGCUAAAUCAGAUUUGUUCAACAGUUAUACAUGUCUCUUGAUUAGGUCUGGUCAUUGUUUUAGUGUAGUCAUUGUUCUCUUUGAAAGACAUGUUUUUUUUAUUAGGCCUAGGCUACUGCAUACAUGUGUUCCUGUUAGGUUUGCUGAUAACUUUAAAUGUUGUAUUUUUUGUUGUAGAUGCUUGCUUUUUUGAAAAGGAGAAGGAAGGGAAAAUGCUCAUCGUACUGCGGCGUCUGCAGGGUCUAAACAUUGAGGCUGGACCUGAGGAUAUUCGUGAGUUCUUUCAUGAUUUACGGAUUCCUCAGGGAGCUGUUCACAUAUUAGGAGGGGAUCUCGCAGAGGCUUUCAUCCUGUUUACUUCAGAAAGAGAUGGCCAGCUUGCCAUGGGAAGAUCUGGAAAUGUUCUGAAGGGAUCACGCGUGACCCUGCAUAACAGUAGUCUUGCAGAAUGGAUGCAAAAACUGGCCUUGAGAUUAAAACAAUAUUCUACAAAAUACAAAGAUUGCCCAGAAACCCAGGCAGUCUACUCUCCUGAACAACCAUGCGAAAAAGUGAACCCUUUGAGCAGUAGUCAACAGGAUGCAGCAACAUUGCUACUAACCCUUCUUAAAGUUGUUCAGGAAAUGGAAUCUAUAAAACCAGCCACAGACAUCGAAGAGGACCGUAAUAGCGACAGACCACUCAUAAAUUUGAAUAUGACACAAAUCAACCAUUCACUACCAGCUCUUAGUCCUCCAUUAGCAAUGGCUAAAAAUGAAAAAGAGGCGAAGGAACAGUUGAUAGGUGAAGCUGUAGCCUGUAACCCAGGUUACUUGCGUCUAUAUGGCCUUCCAGAAACUGUCACUGAAGCUGAUAUCAGCCAUUUCCUCCAUGAGCUCUGUGUGCAAGAGGUGUUGAUGAAUGUCUGCUUGGGGGAUCGCCGCCGUGGUUGUCUGGCGAAGAUAGCCAGUGAAGAGGAGGUGGAGGUAGGGCUGCAGAGGAAUGGGCAAAGCUUCGGUACAUUUUCUGUGGAGGUUAGGAAAGCCACAGUGAAGCAGUGGAACUACGCCAUAAUGAAGCCUCAGGGCUCUCCUGAGCAGAUCCAAACUUCUGAAUCAGAAAUACACAUGGAACAAGAAAAAAGCAUUUCAACACGUAAAAGGCAUUUCUCCAGGGAUCAGUUCUCAAAGACAUGCAAAGAGAAGCGUGAAGAAUUUUGCAUAAUGGUACGGAACCUCCGGCCCAACAUGAAUAAGACAGAGAUAAAAUGUCUUUUGCGCUGCCCCCAUCUUCACAACUAUAAGAUCCAGCAUCUACUUGAUAAAAACCUCAGGCGCACCAGUACAGCUUUUGUUGCUUUUGAUAGGGUUGAAGACUACGCCUCUGCCAUAGACCUCAGCGGCAGUCGCUUUGGCAAACUGGUUCUGGAUGUGUCCCCCAUCACCAGGGAAAAGAUGAUGUCCCAGGUUUGCUCAGUGGCUAAAUCAAAAAGGCAGCAGUCUGGCGUCAGUAAAACCUGUGUGUACGUAAGAAACCUACCUGCAGAUGUCUCCCAAGUGCAAGUCCAAGCUAUUUUCCAUCAGUUUCCUGUAGAGGAAGAAGACAUAACAUUGCUAAGAGAUGGCCAAGGCCACGGUCUUGGAGAGGUUGUAGUGUCAUUUGGUUCAGAGGAUACUGCCAGGGAAGCGCAUUCUCUCCACAGGGGCAACUUCAUGGGAAACGAAAUUCUGCUCACCCUCAUCACCCCGCAACAGCUGGACAAUAUGUUAUCAGGGCAGUCAGUUAAGGAUUGAUGUCAUUACAUGGAUAAAUAAAGACACAAAAAAGCUGUUCAUCUGCACUGGCUGUAUAGGUUAGUAGUGUAAACAUAUAAAUGCUAAAUGUUAGCACUAAUUGGUUCCAAGGCCGAAGACCUGUUUGAAGUACUGAUGACCUGAUGGAGUAUAACAGGUUUUUUUUUAUUUAUCCUGAAAUGAUUAAAAUCCCAAAGAAGUUUUAGUUAUAUUUGAUUUUUUCUGAGAACUGUGGCUCACACCUCUUUAAAAGUGAACUACAGCACCAGCACCACUAAUACAAUACACUGAAUGUCUUAAGACAUGGCAAGUCUUGAGUACUUAUGCAAAAGCAAGAGGAAUAGAAGGUCAUGUCUUGGAAGUAUACCCACUAGUUCAGACAGAUGCAAUAUAUAUAAUCUGCCAUGUGGAUUAAUACUACCAAGGAAUAUCCUUCUUCAAGCUGUAUGUAGACCUGUUCCCAUGGUCGUAUAGACAGAUAAUCCAGUAUAAUAUGUUUGUAAAAUCUUUUUUGUAAAAUGUUUGGUAAACUUUUGUUAAUAAAAAUUUCAUAAUAA